CAACACAUAAAUAGUUUUGCUUAAGCGUUAGCGACUGUUGUUUAACAGCUUUCAUAUCUAUCUAAAUCUUACUUAGAAAGCAAGUGAACGCGAGAGAGAUAACCUGUUCAGCAUCGCUUAACAAUUAGAAUUUAUUAAACAUGUACCAUCCCAACGAAAAAAACGUUGAUCUCGAGCGAGAUUAUUUGCCCAGUAUGCACUCUAAGAGAUUUCAGGAUCAACCGAAUCCCGAUUUGGCCGUGAUUGAAAAUCACUUAAAGCUUUGUGCGCAACACACCAAUGACCUCGUAACUAAGCAUGGCGUCAAGGUAGAAACCUUGAGAUAUGCUGGCGUGGAUGAUCGCCAAGUUGUUGAUGUUUACUGUAAGCCUGAAGCAAACAAUGGAAAGCUGUUUGUUUAUGUGCAUGGCGGCUACUGGCAAGAGAUGGACAAGGAGCACUCCGGGUCAAUUGUGUUGCCAUUGGUGAAACGCGGGUAUAGGGUGGCGGUAAUGGAGUAUAAUCUGUGUCCACAAGUGACGUUGACACAGCUGCUUGAUCAGUUUACUCAAUUUUUAUUAUGGGUAUUUGACUAUGCUGAACGAACGGCAACAACUGAAAUUCAUUUUGCUGGCCACUCGGCUGGUGCUCAUCUGAUGGCACAGUUGUUUCAUGUGCCGCAGCUAAUCUCCACAGAGCGACGCCAAAAGGUUAAGACUGUCUUCUUCAUGGGUGGCGUAUAUGAUUUACGUGAAUUAUGGCCACUAAAAGGUGUCAAUCCCAAUAAUCUACUUAGCUUAGACGCUAACAAUUGCAACGAGUUAUCACCCAUGCUUUGGCCUUGGCAUGCUGACAGCGCUAGCUGGGCGGGCACGCAGUCUUAUGUCCUAACUGCAGAGAACGAGAGCGUUACCUUCAAGGAACAAAGUCGUGAAUUUGCCAAGUUAUUGCAGGAAGCUGGAUUUUCUGUAAGCUUUAAGCUUUUUGAUAGAUACGAUCACUUUGAUAUAAUUGAGGAGUGUGUUGAGGAUGAUUCCACUAUAACCCAGUACCUCUUAGCUGCACUUGGCAAAGCAACAAAAUGACUUGAGAUUUUAAAAAUAACUCUGUAAUCUGAUUGAAUUUCCCCCAUACCCAUACUGCCUGGCUGAAAUAAAUAUAUUUUAUUGACAGAA